AUGUCCUUUAAUUUUCAUCGUUGUAUUGAACGAGUUGUAUGGAUAUUUGCUGAGCUUGGUAUAGCGGAUUUAAUGGCAGACCAUCAAGUACCGUUGACAGCAAUCGAACUAAGUCAACUGAAUGGAAAUCAAUGGAAUGCAGAAUUUCUUUAUCGACUAUUGCAAGCAGUUGCUGACGUUGAUAUUGUUAAAGAAUUGAGCGCUAGUGAUGAAAAUUCUCAAACUGAUGUUCAUCCAGAACAUAAAAAUCGUUUUCAACUCACUGAUAAUGGACUAUUUUUAACUAGUAAUCAUCCUUUGAAAGCUCAAGACCUUAUUCGUUUAGAGUUGGGUCCAACUACACAUAAACCAUCCCCACAUAUAUCUUCCUUCUCUAAUUCAGCAUGGUUAUAA